AUGGAUACUCAGGGCGAGACCCACAAACCCGACCCCGCUAGCCUCGACCAACCCGCAGAUCCCCGCCCGCCUAUCAUCCGAGCAGACUCCGGAGAGACAGAGCGCCCACCCUCCGCACAGCGCGCCAACGCAGACGCACCCGACCCAGCGAACGUAGACGAAGAAGCCCAGCUCGACGACGACGACGGCGACGACGACGACGCAGAUCCCGCAGAGAAGAUCCCAACUUUCGACUGGGCCAACCUCGAAGAGCGCUACCACGACGCGAUCAACCAAUGCUCCGACGAGGAGGCCGAGCUGAUGCUUGAGUGGAAGCAGCUCAUGGAUUUCUUCAAGAUAUGGGCCGAAGCGGGGCAUUACCACGAGACCGAUCGCACCUUCUCACGACUCCGCACGCGCAUGGCGUACGUCGAGAACUCGGAGAACAGGCUGGAGAAGAUGAGGCAACACUACAUCGAUGUGGUGAAGGCAUUCGAGAGUGCGCUGGCCCUUCUCAAGAAUGCGGGCUUCCCUGGUUGA